AUGGCCUCCGGUAGUAGUGGUCUCACUGCUUCCCGCCUUCUGAAGCGCUUUUUCCUUGGUUUAACUCAUGGCACAAAAGCUUAUGUCAUAUUUCUUUACUUUUCAGUGCAGCACAAUGGAAUUCGACAUUGUUCCUAUACAUCGUCUCGGAAAAAUCUCUAUAUUGAUAAAAACACAAAAGUUAUUUGCCAGGGUUUCACUGGUAAGCAGGGCACCUUUCAUAGCCAAAAGGCAUUAGACUAUGGCACCAAACUAGUUGGAGGAACAACCCCAGGGAAAGGAGGCAAGAUGCAUCUGGACUUACCCAUCUUUAAUACUGUGAAAGAGGCUAAAGAAAAGACAGGAGCGACAGCGUCUGUCAUUUAUGUUCCUCCUCCCUUUGCUGCUGCUGCAAUUAAUGAAGCUCUUGAGGCAGAAAUGCCCUUGGUUGUGUGCAUUACUGAAGGUAUCCCCCAGCAGGACAUGGUACGGGUCAAGCAUGCACUACUGCGCCAGGGAAAGACACGGCUGAUAGGUCCAAACUGCCCUGGAGUCAUCAACCCUGGAGAAUGCAAAAUUGGUAUCAUGCCUGGCCAUAUUCACAAGAAAGGAAGAGUUGGUAUUGUAUCCAGAUCUGGCACCCUGACUUAUGAAGCGGUUCACCAAACGACACAAGUUGGAUUGGGGCAGUCUUUGUGUAUUGGCAUUGGAGGUGAUCCUUUUAAUGGAACAAAUUUUAUUGACUGCCUUGAAGUCUUUUUGAAUGAUCCAGCCACAGAAGGCAUCAUAUUGAUUGGUGAAAUUGGUGGUAAUGCAGAAGAAGAUGCUGCAGAUUAUUUGAAGCAACAUAAUUCAGGUCCAAAUGCCAAGCCUGUGGUGUCCUUCAUUGCUGGAUUAACCGCUCCUCCUGGUAGGAGGAUGGGUCAUGCGGGGGCAAUUAUUGCUGGAGGGAAAGGUGGAGCCAAAGAGAAGAUCUCUGCUCUGCAGAACGCAGGCGUUGUGAUCAGCAUGUCUCCUGCCCAGCUGGGAAGCACCAUCUACAAGGAGUUUGAAAAGAGGAAGAUGCUAUGA